AAGUAGGCGGGACUUCCUGUGUUCGACCCUGUGUUUAUUUUUUGCGGAGCCAAAUAUCGUCCACAGAGCUUUUUAUAGGUCUCCCAUUCGCAGAACAUCUUGCAUCAUGCCAGACCUCUUAGUGAUUAAGAGCUGCUUCCUGAGUUGCUUAUUAGUGCUGCUUCAGACAUCGAGCUCACAGCAGGACGAGCAAAGCCAGCUGCUACUGGUGUCCUUUGAUGGCUUCCGCUGGGACUAUGUGAAUCGAGUACCCACACCCAAUUUCCGUGCCCUGAUGGAUGAGGGAGUGCAGGUGGAACAAGUGGAGAGCACCUACAUCACCAAGACCUACCCUAACCACUACACCUUAGUGACAGGAUUACACGCCGAAACCCACGGCAUUGUUGCUAAUGAAAUGUACGACCCCAUUCACAACCGCUCCUUUUCUAUGGAGGGACCUGAAGUGUACGAUGCAUGGUGGUGGGAGGAGGCCGUGCCGUUGUGGGUCACCAAUCAAAAGGCUGGGCGGAAGAGUGGAGCUGCCAUGUGGCCGGGAUCAGAUGUAGCAAUUGGUGGAACGUAUCCAACACAUUAUUUGAUUUAUAAUGCGUCGAUGCCAUUUGAGACCCGAGUCGAGAAACUCAUUGACUGGUUCUCAGGGCCAAAGGCCAUCAAUUUUGGUGUCUUGUAUUGGGAGGAGCCAGACGAGAGCGGGCAUAACUUGGGGCCGGAGAGCCCACUAAUGGAUGUAGUCAUAGCAGACAUCGAUGAGAAGUUGGGAUUCCUCAGGGGAAAGCUCAAAACUGCUGGCCUUUAUGACAAAGUCAAUCUCAUUGUUACGAGUGAUCAUGGAAUGACACAGUUGUCACAUGAUAAGAUUAUUGAGCUGGACACCUACGUCAGCCGCGAUCUUUACACAUGGAUAGACAAGAGCCCUGUUGUUGGCAUUCUGCCGAAAGGAGGCAAACUUGAAGAGGUCUACAAUUCGUUGAAGAACGCCAACCCUAACAUGGUUGUGUAUAAAAAGGAGGAGAUCCCAGAUCAAUACCACUACAGACACAAUGUCAGGAUCAUGCCUCUGAUCAUAGAGGUCAAAGAGGGUUGGACGGUCAUGCAGAACAGAAAUGGAUCUUUUAUGUUGGGAAACCAUGGUUAUAACAACAGCCUUCCCAGCAUGCACCCUGUGUUUGUCGCCCGUGGACCCGCUUUCCGCCACGACUACACCAAGGCUUCCAUGCGCUCCGUCGAUCUCUAUCCUCUCAUGUGCAGCAUUCUUGGUCUCAAGCCCUUACCUAACAAUGGCUCUUUGUCAAGUGUGCAGGAUCUCUUAGUGGAGACGUCAACCCCAAAGCCAGUGGUCCCACCCGUGCCCAGAGAGCCUUCCUGCGCGUGGGCCGUGGGAUCCGUCCUUGGCGCUGCCCUCGUGAUUGGGUUCCUCUUCAUCUUUGUGCAACAGGUGACACAGCGGCAGCAUCUGCCACUGCAUCUGUCCAACAGUGAGAUAACACAGCCCUUGCUGUAGGGUCAAACACAAUGUUUGUCGGCACUUUGCUCAUUUGAGGUUCUCAAACAUGUAGCACUUCUUCAGUGCCACAUCUCAAUUCAUUCUAAAAUAAUUCUGAUAACACUUUUUAAGCAGCCAGCAUGGUUGUUUGAAUUCAAAAGGGAUCAAUAUCCAAGGUAACGUGCCAAAGCCAAAUAUACCAAAAGCAAUAUGGGGAAAGAUGCUACAGUGGAAAAAAAGGUUGUGCAAUCAAAAUCAUAGCUGACUAAGCCAAUAGUGCCCUCUUCUGGUGAAGCUGUCAGUGAUACCUUUAUUCUAGUCAUCUAAAAUCUAGUAUUUGAAAAAGAAAAAAUGUUAGUAUCCCCAUGCUUUUCCUUUCAAUUUGAAUCUGAUAUUUAUUUAAUAAAAGAGAUUUGCCCUAUUCUCUUGAAUUUGCAUUAAAUGAAUGUUCUAAGUUCGAACUGAUAGCAUUUGUGGCAUAAUGUUAAUUAUCACAAAAAUUAAUUACCUUGUCCCACCUUUUAUUUAAAAAAAAUAAAAAUCAAAUCAAAUAAGAUCUGGGAUACAGUAAGGCACUUAAAAUAGAAAAUUGGGCCAAUUCAUAAACAUUAAAAUACUCAGUGUUUCAAUAGUAUAGACACAAGUGGCAAAUAGUAUGAAUGUAAACAUGAUUUUAGUGUGAAAAAUUACUUUCUAAUCUUUUCUGUGUAUAUUUAUUUACAAUUUUACAUUUUUUUCCCAUGAUAAUGCAAUGCUGUAAACCCUAAAAGACUGUAAAAAUUAUUUAAACAGCUUUACCACCCAAAUGAUAUACAAACUGUAAUAGUAAAAAAACUAAAUAAAUCAAAGCAUUUUAAGUGAUUUUAUAAUAUGGUAAGAUUCACAUUUCUGCUUUUAAACCCUCAAAAAAAUGCCCUAUUUUUUUCAGGAUUAUUUGAUGGAUAGAAAAUUCAAAAGAACAGCAUUUAGUCGAAAUAGAAAUCUUUUGUAACAUAAAUGUCUUUAAUGCCACUUUUAAGCUCAAAUAAUUUUAACAUUAUUUAUAAAAUGGUAAGCUUGGCCUCAUUUACUUCAAUUGUAAGUGCCUCAUUGUAACCUCCAUAUUUCUGUUUUUAAUAAGCCAAUCAAAAUAUUUUUUAUGUUGAUUAACACUAUGCCACAGAUGCUGUUGAUUAAGUUUAACUUUACUGAACCCAGAAUAUUCCUUUAACUGAAUGUAAUGGAUAUUUAAGAUUCUGAACAAAAACCUUUAGGGACGUUAGUAGCAGUCGCUUUUUGAAUUUGUUGUUAUUCUCAUACCCAUAGUAGAUUUGUUUGUUAGAUGCAGUUGUUUAAGUUGGCAGAUUAAUGUUAAUAAGUGUUAAUGAAAAGAAGCUGGUAGUUGUCAAACUACCUCCAUGUUGCACUAAGAUCAAUGUAAGCUAAUCAGGAUAGAGAGAAGUAUUAGACUAGUGGGGUGUUUUACCUUAUCUGCAUUUUGCACAAUGUAAUACCAUCCAAAAUUUAUAUUAAAAAAAAAAGUGUGUAUGGCCAAAAUCCUCAAAGAUUGACAAGGUAGUAAUAGUAUAAGUCCUUCAUUAAUGUAUUUUGUACUUUUUGAAAAUAGCAUUUAACAAAAAGCCCCGUGUAGGGCGAAACACUGUGAUCUGUCUUCUACUGGUGCAAAGACUAAAUGGAAAAUAAUAUUUAUGAUCUUUGAUAUAAAUGUUGCUGAAGUAGUAGUAGUUAGCUGCUUGCAGAAUGUUAGGAUUGUUUCUGUUAUUAAGAAGGAAAUUAUGACUUUCUCUAUGGAUGUGUGCAAAGGCUGUUGUAUUUUUUUGUUAAGUAUUUAAAUGAUUUACUGGAUUUGUCUUACAUGUUUUGUAUUUUAUGGCCUAAUAUCUGAUUUUGAUCUGUCAAAAGUCCCAUAACUAAAACAAUACUUUAAAUGUGCUACAUUAAAAGGUAAAUAAAUGCCUGAUUUGGAAA